AUGUUAGAAGCUAGAAUGUCAGAGGCGGGUACCUUGAAAAAGGUUCUCGAUGCAGUUAGAGAUUUAAUUUCAGAUGCAAAUUGGGAGUGUAACGAGGAUGGCAUUUCCCUGCAAGCUAUGGACAACUCACAUGUAGCCCUCGUUACAGUCCACCUCUCUCAAGACGCGUUUGAGCCUUAUAGAUGCGACCGUAAUAUGCCACUCGGUAUAAACCUCGGCAGCUUGACAAAAGUUAUAAAAUGCGCUAAAGAUAACGACCUUGUCACUCUCAAAGCUGACGACUCUGGAGAAAGUCUCGGACUUACAUUUGAAAGCUCAAACACUGACAGAAUUGGUGAAUAUUCUAUUAAGCUGCUUGAUAUCGAUCAGGAGCACCUUGGUAUCCCAACGACUCAAUAUGACAGUGUUAUUUCAAUGCCCUCGGCUGAAUUCCAGCGUAUAUGUCGCGAUUUGUCUCAACUCGGUGAAUCUAUCCGCGUUGAAGCCUCAAAGGAGGGUAUAAGAUUCUCAGUUGAAGGUGACGUUGGAAAAGCUUCCGUACUGCUUAAGCAAUCAUCCGGAAGGGGUAUUGAGAGAGAGGAAGAAAGCGAAGAGGAGGAGGAAGAGGAAGAGGAGGAAGAUGAUGACGAGGAUGUCAAGCCAAACGUGGAUGAUGAAGACAAUGACGAUGUCAAGCCAAAGGAUAAAAAGAGGAAGUCAGCAAAGGGUGGUAACAAGAAGAAGAAGGCUAAAAAGGCUAAGAAGGAAGUCGUUGAAGAUGGCGUCAGCAUUUCAUUGCAGCAACAAGUCAGCCUUACAUUCUCACUCAAAUACCUAAACAACUUUACAAGAUCAACUCCACUCUCAAGCAGAGUAACACUAUCACUCUCAAAAGACAUACCGCUGCUGUUGGAGUAUGAGUUCGGUGCUGGUCAUAUCAAGUACUUCUUAGCUCCAAAGAUUGGUGAUGAAGACGCUGAGUAG